GAGACAGACUCAAACUAGCACAUCAGAAGCUACAAAGACUGAGAUCUUAUAGCAACAGGAGACAAGACUCCAGGAAUACUCAUUGAAGAUGCAGUGCUCUCGUGUGUUCCAGUCUUCCUUCUGCACUCCAAUGGCUUUCCAUUGGCCAGUGCCAGUGCGCACACUGUGGCCAGAGACCCGCUCCAUCUUUAUUCAGAUGGAGAAUGACAUCCUGAGACAAAUGGAGGAAAUGCAGAAAAGUAUGGACCGAGUUCAUCAGCUGAUCUUUAAUAAGAUUGAGGCUAUUGAUCAGGGCACUAAGCUUUUUGAUGCCAAGGCAAUCCCCUAUAAGACAGAGAAGGAAGGAAACCGCUUUGCUCUGACGCUGGAUACCAAAGACUUUUCACCCAAAGAGCUGACCGUGAAACAGGUGGGACGGAAACUGCGAGUGACCGGAAAGCAUGAAAAGAAAGAAGAAGAUGGAAAAGGUGGCUACACCUUCAAACACCAGGAGUUCAGACAGGAAUUGGAGCUGCCACAAGAUGUGAACCCUGAUGAGGUGACCUGCUCCUUGUCCAACGGGCAGCUACAGAUUGAAGCACCAUGUCUGGCCCUGCCUGCUAUGACAGAGAGAACUGUUCCCAUCAACAGCAGCCCUGCUGUGAAGACCCAGCCAGAGAGGAGCACAGAGGAACAGGAAAUAACCAGCAGCGCAGAGAAAGAACACCACGUUGAAAAACAAGGAGUUUGAUCGGACUGGUUAAAUUUGUAUAUUUGUUAUCAUUCUGAAUAGUUACGUGUUGCUCUAAUAUAGAUAUUUUUGUCUUCUAUUUUGCUCUAUUUCUGUCUAACUUGCUGCCCCUUUGCUUUCAGGCCUGUAUUGUUUUGCCAUUGAUAUUGCACCACUUUUCCAAUUCAGUAAAAUUAAUGUGGAAUUUUCUAAAUUAUUAUUAUUAUUAUUAUUAUUAUUAUUAUUAUUAUUAUUAUUAUUUACCAGUUGGGGUUUAUG